AUGGGUGGGGAGGCUCCGCACAUCGCCCCCACAGCUUCCAACUCGCUUCCCCGCUUAGCUGAACGCCCGGUCGGCCAGCGGAUCACCAAGAUCUACACGGACCGUCUCAAGCAAUUCACUGCGACCGGCCAGUAUGAAGACCAGAACCUCGUCUCCAAAUACAAUGAGGCCGUCAAUUCCGAUUCAGACCAUGUCAAGCUCUCUGAGCGCCCGCCCUUCAAGGAGGCAAUCUCACAUGAAUUCACCCCAACCCACAUCGGUGCCUCCUUUGGUCCCAGCUGGUCCACCCAUUGGAUUCGUAUUCGAUUGACUGUCCCUGAGGAUAUGCGCCAGAAAGAGCGACUCGAAUUCCACUGGGAUGCAAAUAACGAAGGAUUGAUCUGGUCCGAGGACGGUCAUCCCCUCCAGGGUUUGACAGGUGGAGGUGAUCGAAUUGAAUGGAUCAUCCCCGAAGAAUGGCGGGAUGGGAAAGAGCAUACUUUCUACAUCGAAAUGGCAUGCAACGGCAUGUUCGGCAACGCCCCCGGGGGAGAUACCAUCCAGCCGCCAAGACCCGACAAGUACUACACUCUCAGCAAGGCCCAGAUUACCGCUGUCAAUCUAGCAGCUCGUGGCCUAUUCUAUGAUUUCUGGAUCAUUGGAGAUGCGGCUCGCGAAUUUCCCGGCGACUCGUGGGAGGCACACGAAGCCAAUAUGGUUGGCAACGCCAUGAUCGAUGCUUUCAUUGCCGGUGACGGAAGCAAUGAGUCCAUUCAGGAGGCCCGGAAGAUUGCACAGAAGUAUAUUGGCGAUAAGGUUGACUCCUCCGAUGUUUACGCCCCGGAUACUGCACCAUUUGUCUACGCUAUCGGCCAUUGUCAUAUUGAUACUUGUUGGCUCUGGCCUUGGGCGGAGACCAAGCGAAAGGUCGCGCGGUCGUGGUCAAAUCAGUGUGACCUGAUGGAUAGAUAUCCAGAGCAUCGCUUCGCCUGCUCUCAGGCUCAACAAUUCAAGUGGCUCAAAGAAUACUAUCCAUCGGUCUUCGACCGUGUCAAGCGCUGGGUGCGAAAGGGUCAUUUCCACCCGAUCGGUGGUAGCUGGGUUGAGCACGACACGAACAUGCCCAGCGGCGAGUCUCUUGUCCGCCAGUUUCUUUAUGGACAGCGAUUUUUCGAAAGUCAUUUCGGCAAGCGAUCCACGACAUUCUGGCUACCCGAUACAUUUGGCUACUCAACCCAAAUUCCUCAAAUAUGUCGCCUGGCUGGUAUGAGCCGAUUCUUCACUCAGAAGCUGAGCUGGAACAACAUCAACAAUUUCCCUCACACUACGUUCCAAUGGGUCGCCCUGGAUGGCAGCCAGGUACUGUGCCACAUGGCUCCCGCGGAGACCUACACUGCGGAAGCUCACUUCGGCGACUUGAAGCGCAGCGUCACGCAGCACAAGUCCAUGGACAAAGACAAAUCGUCACUCCUAGUCUUCGGAAAGGGUGACGGAGGUGGUGGACCUACUUUCGGACAUCUCGAGAAGCUGCGACGAGCCCGUGGUCUGAGUGACAAGGUCGGGACACUCCCACGCGUCAAAAUGGGUGACUCUGUCGAUGAUUUCUUCGAUAAGCUGGAGGCCAAUGCUGCUAGUGGCACUGAAUUUGCGACGUGGUAUGGCGAGCUCUACUUUGAACUUCAUCGAGGUACCUAUACAACCCAGGCCAACAACAAACGCAAUAACCGCAAGUCCGAAUUCUUACUACGGGAGAUCGAGUUUCUCGCAACUCUCGCCACUGUUCACAGUUUAAAGAAAGAAUACAGCUAUCCGAAAAAAGAUAUUGAUGAUAUGUGGGAAGGCGUUCUUCUCUGCCAAUUCCAUGAUUGCUUGCCUGGAAGCUCUAUCGAGAUGUGCUAUGACGAUUCGGAUAAGCUCUAUGCUGAGGUUUUCGAGACUGGCACUAAGCUGCGCAAAGAUGCUCUUGCGGCUUUGGGAAUCACUGGUCAGAACAGCAAGGAUCUUGUUGCCCUCAACACUCUUCCCUGGCCUCGCACUGAGGUUGUCAAGAUCCCCGAGUCCAUGACAUCCUCCAAUGCAUCCAAGUAUGCUCUUGUCAAUGGGUCCACCGGUGUGGUUCAAUGCAGGCCAGUCGACUUCAAGACCACAGCAUCAGUCACCGUCUCCGAGAUUAAUCCAGGCAUUUUCCGCCUGGCAAACAGCAAACUCAGGGUCGAUAUCCAAGACGGCGUUAUACUUUCGCUUUACGAUGUUGAGGCGGAGAGAGAAGUGGUCGCAAAGGGUGGCAAGGCUGGUCAACUCGUUAUCUUUGACGAUAAGCCUCUUUACUGGCAGGCCUGGGAUGUCGAAGUGUUCCAUCUUGAAUCCCGAAAGGAGCUUUCUUCCGGCAAGACGUCCAUUGUGGACAGUGAUCCUCACCGAGUCAGUGUUGUCACAGAGACCAAGAUCAGCGAGAACAGUUGGAUCAAGACGACAAUCAGUCUCUCUGCCGCCGUUUCUUCCGAGUCAUCAUACGUGGAGUUCGAGAGCGAGGUGGAAUGGCAGGAGACAAUGAAGUUCCUCAAGGUUGAGUUCCCAGUCGACGUUACCAACACAGAAGCCUCCUACGAGACUCAGUAUGGUAUCGUCCGACGCCCAACUCAUUACAACACAAGCUGGGACAUGGCCAAAUUCGAAGUCUGCUGCCACAAAUGGGCCGACCUCUCCGAAAACGGCUACGGCGUCUCCGUUCUAAACGACUCAAAGUACGGCUUCGCAACCUGCGGCAACCUCAUGCGUCUAUCACUCCUGCGCGCUCCCAAGGCCCCAGACGCUCACGCCGACAUGGGUCGCCACCGCAUCCGCUACGCCAUUCUUCCCCACGCCGGGGCUCUCGAUUCUCGAACUGUCCGAGCCGGAUACAACUUCAACCAACCCCUCGUCGUCGAGCAAGCCAGCUCCAAUCUCUCAGCCUGCAACGCUGCGUUCAGAGCUGUCUCGGUUCGCGGUGCACCAUCUCUGAUUCUCGACGCUGUCAAGCGCGGUGAGGAUGACGAGGACGUUUCGACCAACGACCUCCCUUCACGUAAGGGCAAGAGCAUUGUUGUUCGCAUCUAUGAAUCUCUCGGUGGAAAGGCACGUGGCACCAUCCAUUCUGGCCUGGAUGUCAAGCGGGUCUGGAAGUGCAAUGUUCUUGAGGAUGAUGAGGAGGAGCUUGAGGUUCGGAAGGCGGAUGGUGGGUCUGCGGUUUCUAUUGAGCUGAGGGCGUUUGAGGUCGCUACUUUCCGACUGCAGCUCUGA